UGACAGGUACGACCAGACGCCCCGCCACCUGGCCGCCAUGUUCGGCCACAAGAGCACCGAGCAGCUGCUGGCACUACACGAGGCGCAUAAACUCCCCUGCCGUGCGGGCACCACCGCCGACCAGGCAAGCCGCAACUAUGACGCCUACCUCCAGAGAUACGAGAAGCUUGGCUGCAAGGAACGCGACUCCCUGUCGCCUAUUGACCACCACGACCCAGAGCGAGUCACGUGCAAGCUCAUGGAGGCCAUCGGAGUCCAGGAGCUGUGGGAGAAGGCAAGUGAUAUCCGUGUUGAUUUUUCAGGUGGCGAGGCCCUCGAGGUGAAGGCGGCAGUGAUGAAGGAGCUGCAGUCCAUCGCCGAGAAGAUUGGAGAGAAAGAAAGCCUGUAUAAGAGUGACCUUAGGCUGGUGGGCAGCUCAGAAGAUGGGUCAAAAAUAUACUGCCCCGACGAGUUCGACGUCAACCUUGUUAUUACAAGGAAAGACGUCGAAGUCGAGGUGGAAAAGACGCCGGAAGAACAGGAAGCAUCAAAAGGUAAGUAUAAAUUGGUACUGGCCCACGCGCCAGGUCUUGAUGGAAACAUUGUGAUGGACAAGCUGUUCCUUCUCCUGCAGAAGUGUCUCGUAGAGCACACACUGCAGGACAAAAGGCUGAGCUUCGUUCCGCCCUGCCUGAGCAGCACGCAGGUGGGCGUGGCCCUCGACCUGGCCUGGCAGGGGAAGGAGUAUCCCCUCCUCCUGGUCGGUGUGGACCUCGUGCCCGUACUGGAGCUGCCAUGGCAUGACGCAAUAGCAAAACCAAAGCUCAUGAAAGACAAACCCAAAACAUUCCAUGUCAGCAAUACUGCUGACGGGUCGUGGCGAUGCAGUUUUGCCCUGUCAGAGGCAGCGGUGCUGAAAGGAUUGUCCGACAUCCAACGGCGUGUGUUCGUAAUGGGGAAGGUUUUGCUUUCCUGCCUCAAGGCCGAGCCGUGGAUGCCACAGGACAUGAAGCACCACUGCACCUGGUUUGUUAACAGGGAGUGGAAAAUCAGUACCCCAAGUGGCUUCUGCUUCAAGAACGCUUUCCUUGGGUGGCUGAGGGAUCAGCCAGCAGAACAACACGUCACCAGGGAGGAGGAGGUUCAGUUUUGCGCGAAGGCACUGAUAGCCAUUUUUAGGCAGUUGUGUGCUGUUCCCUGGGAAGAGCGUGGCAAUCUGUCGCCAGGCAAGAUCCCUGCACACUUUGGAGGAGACUUCGAAGGUGUGAAAGUUGGAGAAGGCGCUCAUCUCAUCGUGCGCUGCCUGGAGGAACACUUGGAAAAGAAGCCAGGAAAGCAUGAAGACGCUGAUAUGAAUGAAGAAACUAGAAUGCUUUGGAUUUGGUUUGCAAGGAUUUUGCAGAAUGCAAGGGUUCGUUUGGUUGAAUAGGCAUUGUUAUCACCCUCUGGAAUAGGUGUUAGAAAGGCAAUUCACAUGCCACAGACAUUAUAAUACAUUGCUUGACGUAUAUCAUGGUAACACUGAUUGUGUGUGUGUGUGUGAGAGAGAGAGAGAGAGAGAGAGAGAGAGAGAGAGAGAGAGAGAGAGAGAGAGAGAGAGAGAGAGAGAGAGAGAGAGAGAGAGAGAGAGAGAGAGAGAGAGAGAGAGAGAGAGAGAGAGAGAGAGAGAGAGAGAGAGAGAGAGUGGUGGGACAGUUAU